AAAGAUGAAGAACUCAAACAAGAUCAAGCGGUCGACUCUGAAGAUCAUUUGUAUUUCAAUAUGGUGAUUGUAUCAUUGUAACUCAGUACAAUUGAAAGGUAGAAAAAAUGAAUACACUUCUUCUGUUCUAUCUUCUAAGAUCAAUCUUACUUGAUUUGCUUCAGCACUUUGGACUUGAGCUGUCAACCAUUCUUCGAAACUCUCUCUUCAAUACAGGGAUUGCUUCAGCAUUCGCUGAUGAUCUUGAUUCACUUUUCUCUAUUCUCUCACCUUCUUUGUAUUCUAUCUAUAUGAUUUCCCCAUCGCAUCUUUAAGUAAAGCAAAGCAGAGUAUUUAUAUCAGAGUAUGUAACAGAACUCGGUUACAAGGGAAAACCGAAUACAGCAACUACUUUAACAGAAAAACCUAAUUGACUACGCUUAUGACUUAGCGAUCCGAGUCAUUGAUUCUUUGAGCAUCUCAUUCAUUGAUUGUCGAUCCAGGCUGGUCUUCCUUAUAAGAUCUUUGCCGUUGAUUUAACCCUAUGACUAUGACUUGGUGAUCCAAGUCAUUUGCUGUAUCGCCAAGUCCUCUGCUUUCGCUGUAUUGCCAAGUCUUCUGUUUCCGUUUUUCUGCAGCAUAUUUUGUUCCUUUAUACUUAACAGAGAUUGUGCAAGCCCUUGAGCAUCACGGGUGCUUCGUAGCCGAGUACGAGGAUUUCCCUGGAGAGUUCCGCGAUCCAAUCUUCGGCGUCGCAAAGGAGCUCUUCGAUCUCCCUCAAGAGACCAAGGUUCGGAGCCCCAGUAGCGCCUACUCGAAUGGUUACAUAGCCAAAUGUCCUGGAACUCCUUUGCUUGAAGGUCUGAACAUCGAUGGUGCUGAGAAACUUGAAGCUUUUGAGAAGUUCACAGCUCUCAUGUGGCCAUCUGGGAACGCUCGCUUCUGCAAAACUGCUCAUUCCUACGCAAAGGAGAUAGCUAAAGUGGAGAAAGUGGUGACGAGGAUGGUGUUUGAAGGCUACGGCGUGGGGAAAUAUUGUAACUCUCACUUCGAGUCCACGACAUACCUCCUGCGCAUCUUGAAGUACAAGAAACCUGGCGAGGACGAGGGUAACAUCAACCCGAUCGCCUACACGGACAAAACCUUCCUGUCCAUUCUCUAUCCGAACGAUGUCAGGGGCUUGGAGGUGAUGACAAAGGAUGGAGAAUGGGUCGUCUUCCAGCCCUCGCCUUCAUCUUUCAUGGUCAUGGCCGGUGAUGCAUGCAUGGGAUGGAGCAACGGAAGAAUCAAAGCGUGUUACCAUCGAACCAACGUAAGAGAAGACGGGUUGGUGAGGUAUGCACUCGGUGUCUCUCGUAUAAUACAGGGACAAUAGAGAUACCAAAGGAACUUAUAGAUCAAGACCACCCUCAACAGUUCAAAUCAUUCAAUCAUCUUGAUUUCCUUCGUUUCUACGACAAGAGCCAGGGUCGCACUAAGUCUCAAUGCCUCAUCAAAGCUUAUUGUGGGGUCUAGUCGUAUUGUGAAGCUAAAAAGAGGCAGAGCAUAGUCAAUGAAUUACAAGUCAGCCUAGUUCGUGAUCUUGCAGCAUAUAUCUUUGUAUUGCUUGGCUAAAAAUAAAAUCUUCACGUUAAGUACGAAGAAAGUUGUGGUAAGUGGUGAAUCUUACGGACAAGAUGAUUGAUCUUUCCCUUUUUAUCCCUUUUUGGUUUUCUAUUUUUCUUUCCCUUUUUUCAUUCCCCAACCCCACUAAAAUCUUACGAAGUAAACACUUUAUCGUGCGUUUGGUAAUAUUUUUAUUUCG